AUGAUGAAGAUGUUCUUCCAAGAGGACGCGCCGCAGCCAGACGAGCAGCUACGCAUUGAGGGGAUCUCAAGCCCCAUAGCUGCUCACAUACUUGAUUUCUGUGAUGACGGCCUGGGUGAUAACCUCCUUGCUGCAGUGACCUCUACCUCCGGCCCGUUUGCUGCCUCCUCUGAGGAUGUUUCAUCCUCCUCCACUGCCACCCCUCCUCUCUGCAGCUACAGCGAUGACAUCCCAGAAAUGCCCUUCUCCCCGUUACCCUGCUUUGACUCUACUCUCUCAGCCCUACUCGAGGAAGAGCAAAACGCGUGCCCUGAAACCGAGCUCAUUCCCCCGAUCAACGAGACACUUGCAGCACCAGGAUACUAUCAAGCUGCGGCCGGAGAGGCCAGCAUAGAGCAAUUCGGCCAAUCACGGCUUCCCCAGAGUUCUGAUCCCUUGCUGGCAAUGCAAAUGAGCAGCACUGCACCUAUCUCUAUGCCUCUUGCUCCAGGGUGUGAUGAAGAGUGCCUCACGGCGGCACUAGCCAGAGGGUACAUGAGCCUGGAUGGUGCCCUGUAUCCGCAAACAGGAGCAAUGAUCCCGAGUUACAACACAGAGGCAUCAAAAGUAGGAUUCUUCAAUGGUAAUAGUGCUAAUAGCAAUGGUAUGGUGGUGUUAGAUAUGAGUGACAUCGGUGAGUAUCAGAGGAUGAUGGAAGGUGAAGGACUGACCAGAACAUAUAGCGACACAGAUUCCAUGAAGGGGGCUUACAGCAACACUGCAGAGAUGCAGAAUGGGGGGAACAACCAAGACCUGAUAAAUGGAUGCAACGGAAGCCCACCAACAUUACCUCCAACAGAAACCUCAGGCUUAGAAGAUUCCACCUUCAAAGUUGUGCGUCUUUCAGCUGAACAGAGGAAGGAAAAGAUCCACAGGUACAUAAAGAAAAGGAAUGAGAGGAACUUCAGCAAGAAAAUAAAGUAUGCUUGCAGAAAAACUUUAGCAGAUAGCAGGCCCCGGGUCCGUGGAAGGUUUGCAAAGAACGAUGAACUUUGUGAAGCAACAAGAUCAAGCUCCCAAAAUCAUGAACAGUACGGACAGAUUGCGGGUGCAGAUGGAGAAAACAUGCUUGACUCGUCCGAUAUUCUGGCACAUUUGAGUGGGAUAAACAACUACAGCUAUAAGUAUAAUUGUACCAUUGAAUCAUGGAUAUGA